AUGGCGACCGCUCUGGUGGCGUCAGCUCCAGUUCCUGCAAACCCUGAAAAGGAAAAAUGCGAAACAACCAUUCAAAAGGUCGUAAGCCCUGAAGCAUACAUCAAGCAUCCACUGCAAAACAAAUGGGCUCUUUGGUUUUUCAAGAACGACAAAAGUAAAACAUGGCAAGCCAACCUUCGUCUCAUCUCUAAAUUUGACUCAGUGGAAGACUUCUGGGCAUUAUACAAUCACAUCCAGUUAUCAAGUAAUUUGAUGUCCGGCUGUGACUACUCACUGUUUAAGGAUGGGAUUGAACCCAUGUGGGAGGAUGAGCAGAACCGAAGAGGCGGCCGAUGGCUGAUAACUCUGUCCAAGCAGCAGCGGAAAGCAGACCUGGAUCGGUUCUGGUUGGAGACGCUCUUGUGUCUUGUGGGUGAAGCUUUUGACGACCACAGUGACGACGUGUGUGGCGCCGUCAUUAAUGUCCGAGCCAAAGGAGAUAAAAUAGCGAUAUGGACCACAAACUAUGAAAACAAAGAUGCCAUCACACACAUAGGACGUGUGUAUAAAGAGAGAUUAGGCGUUCCGCCAAAGGUGAUCAUCGGAUACCAAUCACAUGCAGACACGGCCACGAAGAGCGGCUCCACAACCAAAAACAAGUUUGUAGCCUGAGGACUCAUUACCCAGAAUCAUCAGCCAUGCCUCUUUUUUUCUGUUGUCAGCGUACAUUUUCUGUAAAGUCUCCAUGAAUGUAAAAGAUGUGUUUAUCCACUCAGAAAUAUGUAAAGUGGGGGAAAAAUAACUUCUUUUUUGUUUGUCUAUUUCUUGACAAUGCCAAAGCUUUUGUCUUUGAGUAUGUAUCAUUUGAGAACUUGUGGUGGGCUGAAGAUGAGUGAAAGAUAUUUGAUGUCCAGUAUUCGUUUUCCAUUGCAAAUGCACAUUUUCGAGAGUUUAUUUGGUUUAUCCAGCCCUCAGUAUAGAUUAUUAUUGUUAUUUCUCUUAAAAGUAUUUAACAUAAAGGGCAAAAAAUAAAGUAAAAAGAGAAUUCUGCUUUGGCAUUAACUGUAAUUUUUUUCAUGCCGUACAUGCCACUCAAUUCAUAGUAUAAAUGUAUGGAUGUGGUUGCAGUAUCACCAACAUCUUGGUUCAGCUCAGAUCUGAACUGACGAAUUGGGAGGGACCUUUUUUUUUUAUUUUUUAUUUUUUAUUCUCUUUUUGUUUACAUUUGGGCAGUCAAUGUUUUGACAUGUUUAUGCAGUUUUCAAAUUAUUAGUCACUUUAUUUCCAUUAUUACAGACAGGAUUUCUGAGGUUGACCUGUGUUAAGUUCUUGUUGAGCAGUUUGUGCAAUAUGAGAAAAGUUAAAGUGGUACCUUCACUAUGUUGAGUGAAAAAUAUAUUUAAAUAUACGUGUUACUUGUUAAAUAUCUAAGAUUUUUAAGUUGACUUCUUUACUACCUGAGAGUGAUUUACAAAUUUCAAACUGAAAUAGAGGGUUAGGGUUAAAUAGAUCAGGUAGCAUCACUAAUCCUCUGUGGUACCCAGGAUUGAUCACAUUCAAAUUUGACCUGUUGUCUUAUUCACAUAAUCUUUACAAUUUUCAGAAAACAUUAUUUUGUACCACAGUAUGCCUGUGAUGGGGAUAUUUUCCAAAAAUACAUAUUUGAUAUUUUAUUGUUUUUUUCCCCCCUACACACCAAGCCAUGUGACUACGGUCUGUUUUGUUCAGUAAAAAAGUUUACGUAUUAAUUUGAUGUGAGUUUCAACUAUCAUCUACUUGGAUAAAGUUUACAUAAUAAUAAUUUUUCAUUCCAGAUUUUGGUUUGUAUGUGACCUAAGCAUAAGGAGCAUUGUUUGAAGGGAUAAAAUGUGCCUUGAAUGUAAUCUCCUUCCCUGUAUCUGAGCAAUAAAAUAAAUGUAAAAAG